AAAAAAAUUACGUUUAAAACAGAUUGGGAAGGGAAAGAACUUCACAGUUGAAAGUUGCAGAGAUAACCGAAACGCUGCCGUUCGGGGUGUUCCUGUGGUUCUCGUCUUCUGGGUUUGUCCCACUGUGCCAUCUGAGCUCGUAUCAGGGUGUUGAAAUCACUGUGGCAUUCCCACCUUAAAUGGGCAUUCCAGGUUUCCUACAGAGUUUCGCUUAUUACUAAGUUCACAAAGGGGAGAAUGCUCCUUUUGGCAAGACUCAAGAGUGGAACCAAUCAAUUUCAAACCCCUUUAAAUCUAAAGUUUUCUCUUGUUUCCGCCGCUAAAGUAUCCAGCCAAUGUGUAUCGUCUAUAGAAACGGAUGUCGACAUUGAUAGGAUUACUAGAAUUAUUAACAACCAUCCAUAUCCUGAUCAACCACUUCAACCGGCUCUUCUCCAGAAUAUCCCACCACCUCUUCUUUCUACCAGCUUUGUGGAGAAUGUUCUUGGUCACCUUUUCGGUGCCCAUUCCAAUGGUCUUAAAGCUCUUGAGUUCUUCAAUUAUUCCCUCCAUCAUUCCCAGUUACGUCCAAGUUCAGAUGCUUUUGAAAAGACGCUGCACAUCCUUGCCAGGAUGCGCUAUUUUGAUAAAGCGUGGGAGUUGAUGGAGAAAAUAAGUAGUAUGCAUCCUUCGUUGCUUACCCUGAAGUCGAUGAGCAUCAUGCUGUCAAAAAUCGCAAAGUUUCAAUCUUAUGAAGAUGUCCUUGUAGCAUUUGAAAAGAUGGAGACUGAUAUUUUUGUUGGGAGGAAGUUCGGUACUGAUGAGUUUAAUGUACUUCUUAGAGCAUUUUGCACACAAAGACAAAUGAAGGAGGCACGCUCAAUUUUCAUAAAGAUGCAUUCUCGGUUUUCACCCAACACCAAGACCAUGAAUAUCUUGCUCUUGGGGUUCAAGGAAGCUGGAGAUAUUACUGCAGUAGAACUCUUUUACCAUGAGCUUGCUAGAAGAGGCUUUAAGCCAAACAGUAUAACUUAUAAUAUUAGGAUUGAUGCUUACUGUAAAAGAGGUUGCUUUGCUGAUGGUUUGAGGCUUUUUGAAGAAAUGGAAAGGGCCAAAUUGUCGCCUGCAUUACAGACUAUCACUACACUGAUUCAUGGAGCUGGGGUUGUUCGGAAUCCAAUUAAGGCACAACAGUUAUUUGAUGAGAUUCAUUUGAGAAAUUUACUUCCUGAUACUGGGGCUUAUAAUGCUUUAAUGAGUUCACUUAUUAGAUCCAACGACGUGCAGUCGGCAGUUGCCUUGAUGGAUGAGAUGGAAGGGAAGCAUAUUAAGCAUGAUCAUAUGACUUAUCACACCAUGUUUUCUGGCCUGAUGAGAACAUCGGGUUUUGAGGGGGCUUCUGAUCUGUAUUACAAAAUGGUUGAUAGAAAUUUUGUGCCCAAAACACGAACAGUGGUGAUGUUAAUUAAAUUUUUCUGCGCAAAUCAUCAGCUUGAUUUGGGUUUGCACUUGUGGCGAUACCUAGUGGAGAAAGGAUAUUGCCCUCAUGGUCAUGCAUUGGAUCUUUUGUUAACAGCAUUAUGCUCCCGCAGUAGGGAAAUAGAAGCUUUUGAGUGCUCCUUACAAAUGUUGGAGAGAGGGAGGGAUAUGAGUGAAGCAUCAUUUCGGACAUUAGAGACUUUUCUGCUUCAAGCUGGUGAGACAGACAAGCUGAGUAAGCUUAAGCAGAUGAGACAGAAACUGCAUAAUCUGCUGGCCCAUUAAGAGCUCUUAAACUUUCUAUUCUUGCAUCCAGAAACAAAAGUAGUAUGGGCUCUGUGUUUUGCUCCCCCUCAUAAGUAUAUUUGUUGUCUCUUUUAUAUUCUUGAUAAAUUGAAUGUGGACCUUUCAAAUAGAUUCAAUAGAAACAGAUAUUUAGUGACGAAAUGCCAGUGUUCCCUACAAAAGGUGCAUUCGUGAAUUAUGGGGAAACACAUGUACUGCUUUGUUUAUUUUUCGUAACAAUCUUUCUAACUAAUUAAUUUAAUUAGCAAAAUUGUAUCUCACUAACUUCUCAUUGAUGUAUUGUAUAAUGAUAUAUUUAAAAAUGAAAAUGCAGUAAACUCAUAGUGGGCUAAUUAUCUAUUGAAUGAAGGUAAAUUGGACUGAUGCAAUUGCAUCUUGCAUGGUGAAAUACAUUGUAUGAAAAUUAUUGAAUUAUCAUAUACUUGUGGCUACUUGUUGGCUUUCUCUUAGACUCUGUAUGGGAUUGAAUUAUGUAACUGUACUGAAAUUAUAUAGCUUAUUUGUGGUAUCUUUCAAAACAUUGGUUUUGGUCUUGUGGUAUGGUUUUAUUGCUGAUAUGAUGCAUUCUGACUUGAUUGACAGCUAUAAUGAAUAGAUAGUGGACUCUUUGAUAAUGAAAGAUUGUUCAAUGCAUUCUGUCUACGCUGAUCCGUAGGAAGAUAAAAGGUUGAGAUGUAGAGAACCAUUUCUAAUGGCUAAGGUUAAUCAAUGGAUUUUACGACAAAGACAUAUUUGUUGUUAAAAAGUCCAUCUUCACGCCCCAAGGACAUGCUUUUAUAGCAUGUUCUUUAUAUAUGUUUAUAUUAAUUUUUUUCUUUUUUUCCCAAUUAUAUUUGUACUGAAUUUCUAUCCAAGUUUUGUUGAGCUUGUUUGCUGUAUGACUUUGCUGAAUUGGAUUGAAAUUUCUUCCCAAAAAAGCUGGCAGGUCCUCGAGGCUUUGGAUUGUACUCAUGAGCAAAGCUGCCCUUCUAGUAUGGGAAGUUGGUGGAACACCAGAUUAUAUGGGAUCAUGAAACCUAGUUCUCAAGGCUUUGGAUUUGUGUUUGAGUUUUGACAGUGAAGAAGUUGUAGAUUCAUUGUUAUGUAACUGAAUCAUGAUUGAUAUGAUGGAGGUGAGUAUUUUUAAAGGGUCUCCGCCUCUCCAGAUUAUAUGGAGGUGAUAAUCCGAUGCAAGAGUUGUGGGCGAGUCAAGCUGCCACAUUAUUACUGUUGCAGGGGAUGGGAAGUUGAAAUGUAUUAGAAUUGAUAUGGACUUUCUGUGUUGAGUCCGUUCCUUUGAAAGAUUGAUUCCUACAAAAUCUUGAGUGGAUCUUAGAAUCUUUACUUGGUUCAGAUUUUGGCUGGUCAGAAUUUAAAAUAAAAAAUAAAAAAUAAAAACCAGCAUGUAUACAGAUCCCCUUCCAUUGUUGCAUCCCCAGUUCCAUAUCACAAUGUGAGGUUGGGAUGAUUUGUUUUCUGAAAGCUGUUCGUGAUGGAGAGCAUGUUUUUGGUGUUGCUCACAUCUUUGCCUCCUUCAAUGAUACCAUCAUUCAUGUGACUGAUUUGUCAGGGAGGGAAACUCUUGUCCACAUCACUGAGUUGUGCUCUGCUGGACAAGUCAGUGGACUCUAGCGAGCAGAAGGAGUCGGUGUUUGAGUUGUCUAAGAGCGAAGAGGAGAAGGCAGGGGUGAAGGAGUGGAAGCCACCAGAGGUGAAGCCCAGGAGAGCAUCAGGGGUGAAGAUUGUGACCGGUUUGGCUUCAGUCAUGGAGGAUGAAAAUUGAAUUUUGAUCCUUCUUUUUCACUAUUAGAGAACUGCAAUAUCAUAUAUGCCUAUACAUGCCUAUAUGGUAGCCCAUAACCGUAUGAUCCCUUCUAUGUUUUUCUCUUUUUGAUUUAAGGGUCACAAUUUAUUCAUAGCAGUAACUAGUUUUUGAAAAGAUCCCCAGAACAUUUUUGCUUGUUUCAAUUUCUGUAAUGAGGAAGAUGAUCACAUUUGGGGAAGAAGGCAAAAAUUUGUGUCUUUGUAUUAUGGGCAACAUGGUAUUUUCAAUUAAAUCCGAUGCUGUUGAUGUCACAGUUCAUGUCA